AACACCACCAUUACAAAUCUCUCCAUCUAUAGAAACCUCUUCUUAAUCUCUUUCUCUCUUUCUCCUAAUCUUCUGCUGCAACAACAUCGAUCUCGGCUUCAGCUUUGGCAUUGGUAUUGCUCUUGUCUCCAAACGAUGGGUUACCAAAAUCAAAUCAUGAUAGCCCCAUGUUUAAAAAGAGUGCUUUAUCUCCUUGUCUUGAUCAUAUCUCAAGUCAAGGGUCAAGGCACUGACCCACAAGUUAAUGUUACAUUCAUCACUGAUGCCAUAGCAAAGGGGGCAGUUUGCUUGGAUGGAAGCCCCGGGGCAUACUACUUUGCUCAGGGAUUCGAAGAUGGAGUCGACAACUGGAUCGUUUAUCUCCCGGGUGGAGCAUGGUGCAAUUCAAAGGAUGAUUGCCUCCGCAGAAGCAAAAGUGGAGGAGCUGAUGGUUUAGGGUCUUCCAAAAAUGCACCUCCUAAAACUUUGUUUCCCAUCCAAAGUCCAAACAAAAGUAUUAAUCCAGAUUUCUACAACUGGAAUAAGGUUUACAUCCGGUACUGUGACGGUGCAUCGUUUAUGGCAGAUGUCGAAGCCGUCGAUCCGGAAACACAACUCUACUUGAGAGGCCGCAGAAUAUUCAUUUCUGUAUUGGAAGAGCUCAUGGCUACUAAAGGAAUGGCAAAUGCUGCUAAUGCUUUACUCGUCGGAGACUCGGCCGGCGGGCUGGCAACGAUCCUAAAUUGUGAUCGUUUCAGUUCUCUUCUCCCUAUGGCUCGUCGAGUAAAAUGCAUUUCAGAUUCCGGCUUCUUCAUACAGGCGAAAGAUCUCCCUGAAGAUAAUGCCAGAAGAUAUUUUGCCAGCAUAGCAGCCUUUCAUGAACUAGCCGAAUUUUUGCCAGAGUCAUGCACACAGAGAAUGGAUCCAGGUUUGUGCCUUUUUCCAGAAAAUGUGGUCGAUGAUAUCCAGACGCCGCUGUUCCUGUUAAAUUCUGAUUUUGACAGAUAUCAAGACAGAGAGUAA